AUGUCCGUAUACGGAACCAUCGGCACAUAUGAAGACGAUAUCGAGCUCGAGCAGAUGACCCCCGAACAAAGGGAACGUGUCGUCUUGAGGAUGCCACUCGAGGAGCAGGAGUUCUCAGUCACGGCCAUCAUUAUGAUGUUUAUCGCCAUGGUUACCGUCAUCUUUUGGACAAUCUGGUUCCUCGCAUCACCUCCGACUAAAUACCGCUACGGCGGAGGAGGUUCGGACGGUGAUUCCGGCUGGUUUUGA